UAGGUAUUUAAUGGGGAGACAUAUACGUGUCAACUUGCAGUGACAGGAGGGUGCGAGACUGCCGUAAACUCGGGGGCGGAGUUGGCAGAAAGCUCUCGGGGAAGAACUUGUGAGUCAGUUUAGUUGAGAGUCAAGGCAACUGUGGACUACACACCUCUCACGAGCAAAAACACAGGACUGAAUUUGUGGAAGAUCGCAUGUGUACCGGACUCGCAUGUGUACCAAAAUGUAUCCUAAUCCGAGACGCGCUUUGGAUAUUUUGGAGACGCGUAACAGCGCAUGAAACACACACGUGGAAAGUAUGAUCGUGGGAUCUUUGACAUAGAUUGGGGAAGUCAGCAUUUGAUGCCAUGCGUCUUGAGCGCGUGUAAAGUGACCGAUCUGAUUUGAACAUCGACCAUCGUGAGCAACAACUCGGUGAAGAUGAACAUGGACCCUACCAUCCCGGUCAUUAUGUUUAUAUUUGGCGUGGUCGGGAACAUUAUUGCUAUCGUGGUGCUUCAAAAGUCACGGAAAGAGCAAAAGGAGACCACUUUUUACACCUUGGUGUGCGGACUUGCCGUAACUGACCUCUUGGGCACGCUGCUCGCCAGUCCAGUCACCAUUGCCACCUAUGUAAAGGGCGCGUGGCCCGGUGGGUAUCCGCUGUGUCAGUAUUCCGGGUUCAUUUUACUCUUCUUCUCAUUGGCAGGUCUCAGUAUUAUCUGUGCCAUGUCCGUCGAGAGGUACCUCGCCAUCAAUCAUGCCUAUUUCUAUAACCACUACGUGGACCAGCGGGUGGCAGGCUUGACGCUCGCGGGAAUCUAUGUGUCCGAUGCACUCUUCUGUGCUCUUCCCAGCAUGGGACUGGGAUCCGUGGCACUCCAGAAGCCAGGAACCUGGUGCUUCAUCGACUGGCAUAAAAACGACAGCUCGAACGCCACUUUCUCCUACAUGUACGCCGGCUUCAGCUCCGUCCUCAUCCUCGCCACCGUCAUUUGUAACGUGUUGGUGUGCGCGGCUCUCAUCAUGAUGCACAAGCGCUUCGUGCGCAGGACCUCGCUGGGGACAGACCAGGCGCGCGUCGCGGAGAUGAGGCGCAGGCGGAGUUUCGCGCGUCUGGCUGGUGCGGAGAUCCAGAUGGUCAUUGUUCUCAUAGCCACGUCCGUUGUCGUGCUCAUCUGCUCCAUUCCUUUAGUGGUGCAGGUGUUUGUGAACCAGAUGCCCACCACAGGAGACACAGCAGAAAUGCGGAACCUUAAGGCCAUCCGAAUUGCCUCCAUUAACCCCAUUCUAGACCCCUGGAUCUACAUCCUGCUGAGAAAGACGGUUGUGCAGAAGAUUCUAGAAAAGAUCAAGUGUCUCUUUUGCCGUAUCGGUGGACGGAGUCACGGGAGGAGCCCUACGGACUUCCAAUGCAGUAAUGGUGUCCACAGCUCAUCGUUUGUCUCUCGUGAUUUGCCGUCGCUGGUUCUGCCUGAGCAGCCGGAGAUUAUCAGCACGUCACAGACAUAUUUGUAUCCCCUGGACGCGGGACAGGACUGCUGUGGUGACUCUGUGCAGAGCAGGACGUGUUCAACUUCAACCGAGCAAACCCUUCUCUCAGGUGACUCUCAGGUGGUAGACCUCAGCAGCGGAGAAAACAGAACAGAAACGAGCACAGACUUUGUGAAAACACAUUCGUGCACGUACUCCACCCCAAAUGAAGCGCACUGUUCCAAGCACCAGCCGCUGCAAGUCACCUUCACAGACGAGACUUUGAGCUUAGAAGAGAGAAGCAUAUAAAAAAAUGCUGAAAGCGAGCCUGGAAAACUCACUCAGUUCAGCAGAGCAACAUGUCAGGAGGGGGAAUACAUUUCAGGAGCCUGAUUCGAGCGUUGCCAACAGACCGAAUCGAAAGAAAAAAACCCUCAUGAGAGUAAAAUGAUAGUUGAGAGAAAAAACACUAAUCAGAGUACUAAAGAAAAAAGUGAAAAGAGAAAUGGUUACUGCAGCUGGAACUAGAUUGUUGACAGAGAGGCUAACUUCGUUUUCUGGUAACUUUUUUUUUGAGCAACAGGUUAUCCCGCAUAAUCUCUAGACGAUGAGGAGAAUGACAGAGAUCGUAUAAAUGUGUCUAUAUUGUGAGUUCCUAAUAAGCCUAUUCGUUUUUGACUAUAGAUAAAAUUGCAUUUGGCCCCGGUUGACUGAUUUGACCAAGGGAGAGGGGAUUUUUUGCCGACACGUGAUUAGAUCAGAUGGAUGACCUAGUGGGUUGCACAAGCGAUCAAAUAUCUGCUGCCCUGCUUCAAGUCCUCUUUUUCAGACAUUCUUCAUUAGGUCACAAGUUCAAGUAACCAGAGUGCCUUGUAAGCGUUUCUCAUACUGGAACUCGUGGUUUAAAAUGUUCUUUUUCUUAUGUUAAGGUGACCAGAACACUUUAUUUCCAGUGACUGAUGCAGAAAAACAAACUUAUAUAAGAUGUAGCUAGGCAUAACUGUGCAUUGUUUGGGAAUUUCCAUAAUAUGUACAAUAUUCUGUGAAUUAAACAAGCAAUGUCAUUUGUUUAAUGACAGUAAUACCGACACAAUAUAUAACGGUACCGAAAACACAUUAUACAAUGUAAGAGCACAUGAUAAACAGCAUAUCAUUGUCAAGAACGUUUAGGAGCUGAAAUUGUAAAAGCUAUUAAAGCAGGGAUACUAGUCUACACAAAAAUGUGUGGAAGAACGAUUGGAACCAAACUUUCAUUAUAUAUAAUUUUUUCUACUAUGGAAGUGUUUGGUUCCAGUCGUUCUUCAAAAUAUCUUCCUUUGUGUUCAGCAGAAGAAAGAAACUCGUACAGGUUUGCAACAACUUGAGGGUGAGAUCCCUUUAAAAUGUUGAAUGUCUUUUGAGGUCAUACGUUUUGCACUUUUAAAUCCUUGUAACCACUGAAAUUGUCGAAAUCGAUCACUAAGGUCUUGAUCAGUCAGUGGCCGUCAAGGAGGAACUGCUGAGUUCAUCUGUACAUAUUUGUGCUGUUAAAAUGUGAACAGCGUCUUAUUUAUUUCAGUUGUGUUGGACAAUCUGUGGACUGUAGUUAUUUCUUCUCUGUGAGAAGGUAAGGCUUGAAAUAGUUCUACCCAAGUUGAAGCAGUUAUAUGUUUUUUUGUUUCAUUUCACUUGUUGUGUAUAAAAACAGACUACGUAAGCACCAUCUGCUGCAUGUAUAUAAAUGAUUCAACAUUACAACAUUA